AUGGAAGUUCCCAAUACCAUGUGGGGAUUUCGCUCAUCAUCAACAUUAGCGAACAUAUUUCUCCUUCUCUUAGUUGCCAUGAUCUUUUCAGUAAGCCAUGUUUCAGCUUCUAAACAAUUUAAAAAUGAAACUGAUCGUCUUGCUCUGCUUGAAUUCAAGAAGCAGAUAUAUGAUGACCCGUCUGGAUUGCUGAACUCCUGGAACCAUUCACAACACCAUUGCCGGUGGGAAGGAGUCACUUGUGGUGCUCGACAUCAAAGAGUGAUAGCCUUGAUUCUGAGGCAUAAGCAGUUGUCUGGAACCAUAUCUCCUCAUGUCGGAAAUCUAAGCUUCAUGAGGUUCAUCCAACUUGGGGAGAAUCAAUUCCAUGGUGAGAUUCCCCAAGAUUUCGGUCGCCUCUUCAGGCUGAGAGUCUUGAACCUGUCAAUUAAUGCACUGAAUGGAAAAAUCCCAGCAAACCUGAGCUACUGCUCAGAGUUGAUAAAUAUUAGCCUAGCCAGGAACAAGCUUGAAGGGAAGAUUCCAGUCGAUCAUCUGAGCAAUUUGAAGAUGCUUGAGAUUUUUUAUCUUCGCAAGAACAAUCUGACAGGAGAGAUUCCCUCCUCCAUUGGUAACUUAUCAUCGCUGACUCAACUUACUUUCGACUUUAACAACCUGGAGGGAAAUCUGCCCAUGGAGAUGGGGCUCUUAAAAAGGUUUGCUGGAUUAGGAGCUGCAGAAAAUAAUCUAUCUGGUAUAAUCCCUGCCUCCAUCUUUAAUAGUUCAGCCAUUACUGUUAUUUCAGUGGCCGGCAAUUCCUUUCAUGGCAAUCUCCCAACCAACAUAGGUCACACCCUACCAAAUCUGCAAAAAUUAUAUCUUGGGGGAAACAAGUUCUAUGGAAACUUUCCGACUUCAAUCACCAAUGCUUCUGGGCUUGAGGGACUUGAUCUUCCUGAUAAUCAGUUUGCAGGCCAAAUUCCAACUAAUUUUGGAGAUCUGACAAAUCUUCAAUUACUAAAUCUUGAAGGAAACCUCUUCGGCGGUAAUUCUAACGGAGACUUGGACUUUAUUGCAUCAUUGACCAACUGCAGUGAUCUAAGCGUUUUUUCAUUGAGUGCCAAUAAUUUUGGAGGGGUCAUUCCAAGAGAUUUUGGCAAAUUACAAAAUUUGCAAUUGGUGCGUCUAGACAAUAAUCAAUUUUCAGGACAGAUAAUAUAUCUCAAAACAACUUCACUGGAAUUAUAUCACCACAUUUUCUGCAGACGCACUCAUCACUGA